AUGGUUUAUUUGGAGAUCGUAGCAAAUGCCCUACUGUUACUUACAUAUUCAGCAGCAUGUUUCACAAGUCCAUAUACUAAAGGUGGUAUCAUACACCAUGAACUGACACCAGAUUAUAUGCUUACAAGACUUAGGAAUCGUUCGGUAAAAAAUAGUUUGGAACGAAUUUUUAACGAAAUCAAUAUCAUUCGUAAUGUUGGCAGCCCUGGUCACCUUCAAGUUAGAGAUUUUAUUAAAAAUUAUCUAAACAAGCGCGGUUGGGAAACUGAUUUGGAUACUUUUGAAGAAAAUACAGUGGAUGGUGUUAAAACAUUUCACAACAUUAUUGGUUACAGAAAUGACCCAAACUAUAAAAAAUAUUUGAUUUUGGCUUGUCAUUAUGAAUCAAAACUUCUUCCUAAUUUUGUUGGAUCAACAGAUUCAGCAAUGCCUUGUUCAAUAAUUUUGAAAAUUGUCGAUCUACUAAAUUAUGGGAUUAAAACAUUGAAGAAAUCUGAUAUUGGUUUGAAGCUGAUAUUUUUUGAUGGAGAAGAAGCAUUCAAGAUGUGGACGCAUAGUGAUAGCUUGUAUGGAUCUCGACAUUUAGCUAAAACAUGGAGUAGUACAACAUCCAACUCAUCUAACAAAACAGAAUUGAGUAAAAUUGAUCUUUUUGUCUUAUUGGAUUUACUUGGUGCAAAACAACCUCACAUACCAAAGUAUCCUUAUGAGGAUAAAGGAAGUUUUAAUAUGCUCAUUGAAUUGGAAAGGAGAAUGAGAUCGUUUAAUCUAUUGAAAUCGUCAGGUGAAAAUAAUCAACCUUAUUUUGGCCAUGAUGUUCGAUACCACAUUGAAGAUGAUCAUAUACCAUUUGUAGAAAAAGGUGUCCCUGUACUACAUUUAAUUCCAUCACCAUUUCCAAAAGUAUGGCAUACAAUAGCUGACAAUGCUACAAUUAUAGAUUGGGAUACAUCGAUCGAUUUAUUGUUUCUUAUAAAAUUAUUUGUCAGAAAUUAUCUACACAUUCUAUUAUGA